AGCAGAACUGAUACCGAGAAUAGCUAUAUAAAGGCAGCACGUGGAGUAGCAUUCCGCGGAUACAGCUCACAAAAUGAAAGUUGCGUUGGUGCUUUUCGCCGCUCUGGGCGCCCUCGCCUUCGCGGAGGCGUACCGCACAUCGACUCUGAUGCCGUGUCCCAGCCACUGCCCGCCGUCGCCGAGGUUCGUGUGCGCCAAGGACAAGCAGGGUAACAUCUACAAGUUCACCAACCACUGCCACAUGCGGAUGUGCGCUUGUAAAAUGUGGCUGGAGGAAGUGUCUGCCAACAAGUGUCGCAACGACUAUCCCGGUUGCCCUCUGAGGGUCGCAAGCGACGAGGUCGCCGGUGAGGAAGUCGCCAGCGACCAGGACCAGUCACAGAGCGACGAAAGCAGCGACGGCGACUCGCAGUCCGCCGCCGCUGACUCGCUGGAGCAAGCCCAUUUGCAACGCAACUCACUCAGGAAGAAAGCCAGCAGACCGGAGGAUUACAGAUACUGAAGCAAUACACUGGAUAUGUAAAUGCUUCUGUCUCGCUGCUAAUAAAUGAGUAAUGCAGCAAUGAACUCUGUCUGAACAUUCACUCUGGACAUCAGUAGAGCCAUGUCAUUAGCUACAUUUCGUCUUUCCAUUCACA